UAAAAGAUACACUGGGUUCUCACGGAAUCCCUUAACGCACGUAGCUCGCCAGGUUUUCCCCCAACACCAAUCCACUCUUACCCUCUCCAUGGUCCCCACCCCGGAUUCCCGUGACAUUUUUCCAAUACAACACUUAAUUGAGCAACUGAGAUUCUUCACGUGCGUGGUUGAUUUGUAGUUUGAACACGUGGCUCAUUCAAAUUAGCCGGAAUAUCCGUUUUUUUUUCUAACCUCUUCUCUUUCUUGGUUUUAGUCAGAGGCGGGUGCGAACCUUAACGUGUGACAUUCUCUAGGCCAAGGGGUUUUGAUGAAGACAAAAAAGUAGUUUCUUCCUUUUCACCCAGCCAUCGUUUUGGAGAGAAGGGAUAAAUAAUUAAGAAUUAUUUUUUGUACGCAAUAGAGGGGCGAGGAAGCGCAAACACCGACGAGGUAGCCGGUCAAAUAUAUCUGUGGCUAGAACGACCGGGGGAAGCACGCCACCGCCACUCCGUUUAGUAGUAAGGCGAUUUUGGCGAAUCCAAACACUGCACACCCGAUAUAUUAAAUAACGGUUAACCUUCUGCGUAAAGGUUGUCAAUUUCAGCGCAGAACAUGAACAAGCUGUACAUUGGAAACGUGAGUGAAGAGGCGAGUGUGGAGGACUUGGAAACUAUAUUUGAGCAGUGGAAGAUUCCGCACAGUGGUCCGUUUCUCGUCAAAACUGGUUAUGCGUUCGUGGAUUGCCCCGAUGAAAAGACUGCAAUGAAGGCCAUCGACAUUCUUUCAGGUAAAGUUGACCUACAUGGAAAACUCCUAGAGGUGGAGCACUCUGUCCCUAAACGUCAAAGGAGCUGUAAGCUGCAGAUCAGGAACAUCCCGCCUCAUAUGCAGUGGGAGGUUCUGGAUGGCAUGUUGGCCCAAUAUGGCACAGUGGAGAACUGUGAGCAAGUAAAUACAGACACAGACACUGCAGUGGUCAACGUCAGAUAUGGUGCGAAGGACCAGGCUAGACAGGCGAUGGAGAAGCUGAAUGGCUUCCUGAUGGAGAACUUUGCCCUGAAGGUGUCGUACAUCCCCGACGAGAUGGCCACUGCUGACGCCCCACCUCUGGGAGGGGGUAGGAGGGGCUUUGUCCCCCGUGGACCUCCCCGCUCAGGUUCUCCGGGCAUGGGUGCGCGCCCCAAACUGCAGUCGGAAGUUCCCUUGCGGAUACUCGUCCCAACGCAGUUUGUAGGAGCAAUCAUCGGCAAGGAGGGAGCCACCAUUCGCAACAUCACCAAACAGACACACUCAAAGAUCGACAUCCACAGGAAGGAGAAUGCGGGAGCGGCAGAGAAACCCAUCACGGUCCACUCCACCCCAGAGGGCUGCUCCAACGCUUGCAGAACCAUCAUGGAGAUCAUGCAAAAGGAGGCCCUCGACACCAAGUUUACUGAGGAGAUUCCACUGAAGAUUCUGGCUCACAACAACUUUGUGGGCCGACUGAUCGGGAAGGAAGGACGUAACCUAAAAAAAAUUGAAGUGGACACAGAGACCAAGAUCACCAUCUCCCCUCUCCAAGACCUGACCCUGUACAACCCUGAGAGGACCAUCACAGUGAAGGGUUCUAUCGAGGCCUGCUCCCGUGCCGAGGAGGAAGUCAUGAAGAAGGUCAGGGAGUCGUAUGAGAACGACGUGGCCGCUAUGAAUCUCCAGUCUAACCUGAUUCCAGGACUCAACCUGAAUGCUUUGGGUUUGUUCCCUGGUGGUGCUCCAGGUAUGGGCCCCUCCAUGGGACACAACGUCCCACCUCCCGGUGCCCAGGGUGGCUAUUCAUUCGGGAGCAGCUCCUUCGGGGGUGAAGGGCCAUUUUGGGCGUCUGUGCUGUCGGGGAGCAGCCAGCCCGUCUCUGGCCAGCCGGAGUCGGAGACGGUCCAUCUGUUCAUCCCGGCGCUGGCGGUCGGAGCGAUCAUCGGAAAACAGGGUCAACACAUCAAGCAGCUGUCGCGCUACGCCGGAGCCUCCAUCAAGAUCAGUGCAGAUGAAGUCAGUGUCGUAGAUGCAAACCAGGGAGCCCCUCCAGAAGGUAUGGACACCAAGCAGAGGAUGGUGAUCAUUGCUGGACCACCAGAGGCCCAGUUCAAGGCUCAGGGUCGUAUCUUUGGGAAGCUAAAGGAGGAGAACUUCUUUGGGCCGAAGGAGGAGGUGAAGCUGGAGGCUCACAUCAAGGUGCCCUCUUUCGCUGCUGGACGUGUCAUCGGCAAGGGAGGCAAAACGGUGAAUGAGUUGCAGAACUUGACCAGUGCUGAGGUGGUGGUCCCCAGAGACCAGACACCUGACGAGAACGACCAGGUCAUUGUCAAAAUCACUGGACACUUCUAUGCAAGCCAGCUGGCCCAGAGGAAGAUCCAGGAGAUCUUGUCCCAGGUGAGACGGCAACAGCAGCCCAAACCCUCACCCCGCGGGGAGGGAACACCCCCUUCCCGCCCAUCCCGGAAGUAGAGGGGGGCGUCCAGGUGGCCCAGGGGGGCCAGUGACGGAACCGCCCCCGAAGACAGACCAGAGCAGAGACCAGAGGGGAAACACAGGCAGGGACAAGGCGCUCAUCUCAGGGGAUAAGGGUCAUGGGUACCCAACUGUUCACCCCCACUCUCGACGACCUCCUCGACCUUACACACCCACCCCCACUCUCGACGACCCCCUCGACCUUACACACCCACCCCCACUCUCGACGACCCCCUCGACCUUACACACCCACUCUCGACGACCCCCUCGACCUUACACACCCACUCUCGACGACCUCCUCGACCGACACCACAGCGUGGAUAGGAGACCUUACACCCCCCCAACCCAUCGCCACACCUGUCUGCAUCUCUGUGAGAAUGUACUUGAGGGUUCCAACGUUGUCACUCACCCUCACCUCGGUCCUGAUUGGUUCCUUAUUUGUUUUAAUGUUGUUUUUUUGGUACACUAGAAAACACAAAGAAGAAAUAAUAAUGAACUCCCUCCUGUCACCUCCCUGGUGUGGUAACACACUCAACCACCUCACAUGUUGAUGACGGCUGUUAAUUUUGUUUUUACCUUUUUAUUUUAACUUUUUUUUUUUUUGCCCUGGAUGAAGUUUGUUUAGUUGGUUGAAACUUUCUCUCCUGAGUUUUCUUUGGAAAGAAAAAUGCAUUGCUCUGAGUCCUUGUAGGAUGGAGAAAGGUUAGGGGGAGGGGUUUAGAUGGAGGGGCGGGGCUCGGGGUAAUACUCUGUUUGAUUGGACAGGGACCCCGGUGGUGGUCUAACAGGGCACCCCUGUCCUGCUAUUGAUAGUGGCAUUUUAUAAAUUCGGAUGCAUUUUAUAGAUAUAUAAAAUAUAUUUAGAGGCGAGGAUAACACUGUCAUUAACACUUAAGGGACGUGUUGAAUGGUGUUGGCCAGGAAAACCAAUUUAAUAUGCAUUGUACUGAACUACCUCAGGAUCUCUAGUACCUCAAGAAGAUGAAGAGAAAAAGAAAAUAAUUAUAUAUAUGAAAAAAAAUGUUCCUUUCUUUUUUAUUUUGCUUUGUGGUAUUUUGUAUACUUUAUAAAGCUAAUAGUUAUUGAACAUUUUUAUUUUUUUAAGAAAAUUUAAAAUUUGGUCAGCUGCCAACUGACCUUGCCUUCAACUCUAGCGCUCUCCGGCGGCGGCGGCAACGUGUACAAUGUGUCUGUCGACGAUGGCCCUGUUCAUAAAGUCUCUGUACAUAGAGCCCAGGGCAGAGUUGGCACCAAACUGUUGGCUGCUGACGGGAGUAUCGAGAGAAGAAAUUGCCUCAGUUUUCCUGAGGUGUAUCCACCAUCUAAUGAAAACUACAAACAACAAAUAUAUUAGAGUAAUGCUGAAUAAUGCCAACCGUACAUAUUGCAGCAAUGCCGUUUAGUUUUGGGAUUCUGACAUUCUUAUUGUUGACGGUACGUUACAUUUUUCACACAAUGAUUUUUCCUUUUGCCUUCCUGGAAGUGCAAUGGGUAGCACACAAAUGGAGGGGCCUGAACACUGAGUUCUCUCUCGCUCUGUAGCCGCCAUAGAAAUGGACAUGUUAGAGCAGCACUGUCUGUUCUGUUGUAUUUCUUUUACCUGCUUAGGCCUUACCUGCUUUAUUACAUCAUCCUAGUCUCAAAUGGCACCCCAUUUCCCUUAUAGUGCUCCAAGUUGUAUACUACAUGGGGAAGUAGGGUGCCAUUUGGAAGUCAUCCCAGGUUUGUGACAGGCUGAAGUGCAGUCCACAGCCUGACUAGGGUUUUUUCAUAGAGGAAGCUUGGCCAUGUGCGGUGGCCCCAGUAGCCGCAGUUGGUCUACGUUAGUGUCAUUCACUGCAUGGUGAAAGUAAGGGGAGUCACACUGAUGGAUGCUUAUUUUGCUAUAGAAGCUACGUUAACUAAAUGUUGAGUUUUGUUUAACCAGCAGCUGUAAUCUUGAUUUGAAGUGAGUUUCAAUUGUUAUUCAUCACAAAAAUCCAAGAUGCACACAAGAAAAUGUACUAAAUUUACCUUGAUUGGGAUGGGAAUGAUAAGAAAAAAAAAUAGUUUAAAAAAAACGAUAACAAAAUACCCAAGUUUUUUUUUAUUUCAUGCAGAAUGUAAAUAUGUUUUGAUUGUGGUAAAAGUGCUUGUGUGUAUCCAUGCUUCCACAGUAGAACGCUGUCUACCUCAGCUGAGGGGGGUUUGUGGUGGCAUGCGCCCUCACCCCGCCUAGCGCCCACGUGCUCGCUGCGAUACCUCGGUCCCCCCAGGAACACUUCUCUGCAUGGACUCGUGCGUGCUCACGCGGUUCAACCUCGCGCUGAUGUCCACGAGGGGCAUAAGUGACAAUUAUUAUUCCCCCUCCCUUUCUCCACCUGUUUUUUUUAUCUACCUCUUUAGAUACAUUUGAAUUAGAGGCAAACUUCUAUUUGUUAGAUUUAGGGUUAUUCUCCCACUGUCCCCUUUCUGAUUUCCAAGAUAUUAAUGAAAAUAAAUAAAUCAUGUACUCUUUAGAAUUUGAACGAAUAAUGGAAAAGUUAUCAGAUGUUUCCUUUGCCAGUGUUUAUAUAUAGAUAUAUAUAUAUAUAUACACACACACACUCUUCUAGCUUAAUUGAUUGUAAAUCCUCAAGAUUUUGCUUUUCUUUCUGCUUUUCUUUUUGAUGGUGUGGCUUCCAUGUAUUGAACUUUCUUGCCUGGGUUUUUCGUGAAAAAAAAGGUCAAAUUCACCGGUUUGAAGUUUUUGGAUUCAAUGACUGGACAAUAAGUAACAAACAAAUGUUUAAAAAAAAGACCUGCCUUUCGUUUCUGGUUUGAGACUAAAAAUAAAUACUAAGCCAGUCUUCUUUCUUACCUUUUUAUGUCUUUACGGAUGCUACAUUGGCCUGCUGAUUUGAUAACGAUUUGUUCGGUUAGCAUUUCCUGGAUGUGUAAUGUGGAAAAUCAUGUUUGUGUGGGAAAGAGGGACUGGGUUUGGGAGUCAGUUUUUGGAAGUGUUCUGGUUUAAGCAUGAUGCCCCCCUCCCUGCGACCAUGCUUCUGCCCCUUCACCCCCCUCACAGCUCAACUUGUCAAAUGCCUCUGAAUAAAUCAAAAAAAUGAAAUUGGC